AUGUCUGAGCGUACGCCCUACGCCCACGAGGACCCCGUCAAUGACGGCCCUCCUACUCUCACCACUGCGGAUGAAAAGGCCGGGAUCGCCGCCCAUCAUGCUGCCGUCGACGCCGAGGUGCACCACCUUGCCGAGAAGCGCGGCGAUGGCGCCGACGGCCUGGCGCCCAUGGACGACAUCGAGCAGGUCAUGACCAAGAUCGAGGUGCUCAGCGUCGAGGAGUGUCGCCAGAUCCUGUCCGACAUGCUGGAAUACCACAAGUACGACUACAACUUCAGCGAGACGACGCGCACCCACUUCGCCCAGCUGAUCGCCGGUCCCGCGGACGGCCAGACGCCCGAGGAGUGGGAGACGGAGCUCAAAACGGAGACGGCCGUCAAUAAGUUCUUCUCGCCGUAUCCCGAGGUCCGGGCCAUCACCACGCCGACCGACGACGAGGAUAUGCCCUGCGAGACCCCUCGUGCCGUCUUCCUCGGCCUCUGCUGGGCCGUCAUCUCGCAGUUCACAAACUCCCUCUUCAACUCGCGCUACCCGCAGAUCAUCCUGUCGUCGGCCGUCGCCCAGAUCCUGCUCUACCCAUGCGGCAUCCUCUUCCAAUACAUCCUGCCCGACUGGGGCUUCACCUGGCGCGGCUCCCGCGUCUCGCUCAACCCGGGCGCCUGGUCCUACAAGGAGCAGAUGCUGGCCACCAUCAUGAUCAACGUCGGCUCGACCUCGGCCUACUGCUUCUGGAACAUCCAGACCCAGACCGUCUACUACGGCGACAAGUGGCUGACGCCCGCGUAUAGCAUCCUGCUGCUGCUCGCCACCCAGAUGAUGGGCCUCGGCUUCUCCGGCCUCCUCCGCCGCUUCGUCAUCUAUCCCGUCGAGGCCAUCUGGCCCAGCGUCCUGCCCACCCUCGCCCUCAAUCGCGCCCUGCUGGUCCCGGAGAAGCGCGAGACCAUCCACGGCUGGUCCAUCUCCCGCUACAAGUUCUUCUUCAUCGUCUUCGCCGCCAUGUUUGUCUACUUCUGGCUCCCCGGCUAUCUGUUCCCGGCCCUCAGCACCUUUGCCUGGAUGACCUGGAUCGCGCCCCGUCACUUUAACCUCAACAUCAUCACGGGCUCCCAGGCCGGUCUCGGCUUCAACCCGAUCCCGACCUUUGACUGGAACUACAUGUCCGUCUACUCGCAGCCGCUGGUCUUUCCCUUCUUCGUCACCAUCCAGCAGUACAUCGGCACCAUCAUUGGAGGUCUCUGCAUUGUCGGCCUCUACUGGAGCAACGUCCGGUGGUCGGCAUACCUCCCAAUCAACGACUCUGGCAUCUUUGACAACACUGGUGCUCCCUACAACAUUACCCGCGUCGUCGUCCCUGGAACUGGCACUCUUAACCAGACUGCCUAUGAAGAGUACUCUCCUGCCUUCUACAGCGCCGGAAACCUGGUUCUCUACGGAGCCUUCUUCGCCUUCUACCCUCUGACGUUCGUCUUCAUCUUUCUGGAUGCCUGGCGUCCUCUCUGGCGCGCCACCAAGUCGAUGUGCGCGUCCAUUGCUGGCGUCACUACGAGUUUCUUCAGCGGAAUCGGCAAGUCGGUUGGCUCUCUGGCCCGCGGCCGUGUUGGCGACAGCGCUCGCCACAUCUACGGCAUCUCCCAGACCGAGACCUCCAUCUAUGAUGGAUUUGACAACCCUCUGACCAACCUGGUCCGCAAGUACCCCGAGGUCCCUGAUUGGUGGUUCCUGAUCAUUGCCCUCAUCUCCUUCAUCUUCUCCAUCAUCAUCCUGACCCAGUGGCCCCAGCUUGACACGCCCGUCUGGACCAUCUUCUUCGUCAUCGGCCUGAACCUGGUUUUCCUUGUGCCCAUGUCCUACUUGUACGCUAUUUCCGGUACAACCGAGGGACUGAAUGUCGUCACUGAGUUGAUUGUUGGAUAUGCCCUUCCUGGCCACCCUGAAGCCCUCAUGUUCGUCAAGGCAUUUGGCUACAACAUCAACGGUCAAGCCGACAACUACAUCUCGGACCAGAAGAUGGGCUUCUACGCCAAGCUACCUCCCCGCGCCAUGUACCGCGGCCAGGUUCUCAGCGCUUUUGUGUGCAGCUUCAUCGCGUACGCCGUUGUUCAGUUUGCCGAUACCCAGAUCCCCCACAUCUGCGACCCCAACCAAGAGUCCAAGUUCAACUGCGCCAACGGCUCCCGAGUCUACUUCUCUGCCUCCGUGGUCUGGGGUGCCAUCGGACCUGCUCGUAUCUUCUCGCAGAUCUAUCCAGCCCUCAAGUACUGCUUCCUGCUCGGCUUCCUACUGGCCAUCUUUUGGUGGACGGGCAAGCGCUUCGGCAGCCACAUCCGCAACGCCGCCAAGAACGCCCUCCCCGGUGCCAUCUACACGCCGCUCAACCUGGUCAUCUUCAAGCCGCUGGCUCUCCUCAAGCACAUCCACCCCUCGCUGAUCAUGAACGGCUUCCUCUUCUGGGCGCCCAACAACCUGUCGUACUUUACCGGCGGAGUGUACGUCUCGGCGGCCUUCAUGUACUAUCUCAGACGGUACAAGACUGGCUGGUGGGAGAAGUACAACUACCUGCUCUCCGCGGGCAUGACUGGCGCGGUCGCCUUUUGCGGCAUCAUCAUCUUCUUCGCCGUGCAGUACCACCCCAAGGACAUUCACUGGUGGGGAACCGACAUUGUCGGCAACACCAUUGACGGCCGUGGCCUGGAGGGUGCACAGUCUUCGCUGCUUACUUUGAAUGGCACCUUUGGUCCGUCGAAGUGGAACUAA